GGGUCUGCAGCAUGCCCCUUCUGCUACCAUGGGUGGGCAGGUCAAUCCCAUUAGGGUGAGACAGAUCUUCAGAUAAUCCAUGCCAUGAAGGUGAUAGCCAACACUUUGAAUUGCACCUGGAAGCAAAUCGGGAACCAAUGCAGUUCGUGGAACAGUGGUGUAACAUGGGCCAUUCUAGAGGCCCCAAGAACUGAAUUCAUUUGCCCUUCUUGCUCUACGAAAUGAAUGAAGCUCCAUACUUCUGGCCUUCAAAUUGUUGGGAACCAGAAAACACGGACUAUGCCAUCUAUCUUUGCAAGAGGACCAUGCAGAAUAAAGCUAGACUGGAACUGGCAGAUUAUGAAGCAGAGAAUUUAGCAAGACUUCAGAGAGCUUUUGCCAGAAAGUGGGAAUUCAUCUUUAUGCAAGCUGAAGCACAAGUCAAAAUUGAUAGAAAAAAGGAUAAGACAGAAAGGAAGAUUCUCGAUAGUCAAGAAAGAGCCUUCUGGGAUGUUCAUAGGCCGGUGCCGGGCUGUGUGAAUACAACAGAGAUGGACAUCAGAAAGUGUCGGCGAAUGAAGAAUCCACAGAGGGUCAAAAAGUCAGUUUAUGGAGUUACAGAAGAUAAUCAGUCCCAAAGUCCUGCACAUAUCCCUUCCCAACCAAUUCGCAAAACAACAAAAGAUGACGUCCGAAAGCAACAAAGAGCCUUCCCAGCAUCGGGUCAAGAGAUGGGGCUUCUCUAUAGAUGAGGUGUUGAAAGAUCCUGUGGGGCGUGACCAGUUUUUUCGAUUUUUGGAAUCAGAAUUCAGUUCUGAAAACCUCAGGUUUUGGUUGGCUGUCCAAGAUCUCAAAAAACAACCAUUUCAAGAUGUAGCAACCAGAGUAGAAGAUAUCUGGCAAGAGUUCCUCGCUCCCGGGGCCCAGAGUGCCAUCAACCUGGACUCUCACAGCUAUGAAAUCACAAGCCAAAACGUCAAAGACCCAGGGAGGUACACAUAUGAAGAUGCACAGGAACAUAUUUACAAGCUGAUGAAGAGUGACAGCUAUGCACGUUUCCUCCGUUCCAAUGCUUACCAAGACUUGUUGCUGGCAAAGAAGAAGGGAAAGUCACUGGCAGGCAAGCGUCUCACAGGCUUGAUGCAAUCUUCUUGACAACGUCGUCUGGGCUAGCUGUUGCUGACAUCUCCGAAAGACCGCUGCACCCUACCACCACCUCCUCGGCCAAGGAAAGACAUUGGGGGGGGACAUACGGGUCACUUCGAGGGGCAAGGGGGGUGUAGACAAGAGAGAGCAAAGGAGAGAGAGAGAACAUUCAGACAAUGAAAGAAACAUAGGGAGGGAAAAAGACGCCGGGAUGGAGACUCUGAUCCAAUGGGGGGGGGUCCUCUUUCUGUAGUUUACAUCGACACUUUUCUUAUAUCACUUUGUAAUGGCACUGAGGUCUCCAACGAUAAGACUCUGUUUCUAAUUUGAUUCCAGAGGAACACCAUUGCUGUCUAAAGGAAGCAGAGAAAGAAAGAGAGCGAGAAAGGGCUAUCAGUGUUAUUUUACGUUCGAUCCUAAGAGAAAUUUAAGGAAAGGGCAGCUGGCUCAGAUCAGUCUUCAUAACGUAGGCGCUUUCUCCCACUCUUUGCUGCUACUGCUGCAUGUGCACAGUUGUCUCUAUCAGCCUUUCACGUAUCUAGGUAGGACCAGCAUUUCACUCUGCUGAGCAGUAGAUUAAUAGUAAUCUCUAACUUCACACGAAUGGCUCAGAUUUGGCAUCCUUCCCAAAGCCAUAAGAUUUCCCUUUGUCUGCAGGAAGUGUCAUGUGAUGAAGAAGGUUGCCACCCUAGAUCUUAAAUGAAGAUUUAAAAAAACGUAAUCUAAGUAAUUGGAAGGAUCCUUUCUCCACACCCACCUGCAAAUUUACUACAGAUACACAAGUCAUUUGUCUUCUAACUGUCUAGGUCUAAUGAAAUAAUCGCUAGAAUCUGCUUAGACUUGCGAGAAAAACUUGCCUUUAGGAGAAAAUAUGCAUAGGAGUUUGUUUGGGUUUUUCUGUUUGGCUUUGUUUUUUGCCCUCAUUCUUUGAAACACCUUUUCAAAAGAUGUUUGCAAAAAGUGGCUUUAGCUCUUCACUGAUAACCUUAGCUGUUCCAAAUAUGUUUUGGGAUACUGCCUGCAUGCUAUGGCCAAUAGGAUCAGACUCUGAGCUCCAUAUGAGCAAUUGAAUCCCACUAGAGUUGAUUUGCAUUUUAUAUAUGUGAAAAGAUCAUGUCCAGCAAUAUGGUCCAAAUGUUAUGCCAGGCGCCUACGACUUACAUGAUCUAGCUGUGGUACUGCAGCUGGCCAGGAAUGGCAUCCCUUCUAUUUAUUUCAUAACCCCAGGAAAGUGUUUCGUAACCCAAAGAAAGUUUUUUAACAGAUUGAUUGAAUCUCUUGUUUGCAACAUACCACAACUGGUGGUCAGCUGCUUGUAACUUGGUUUAUGACAAGUUGCACAGGUCUGAUUUAUACAUCCAUGUUUUAAAAGGUGACAUUUGAUAGGAGUGGAAUAUUUACUGAAUUUUGCCCUUUCUUUGUUUAUUUUCCCACCAGGCUUAGCCCACAAUAUUAGUCAUGUAGAGUAAACAUAUUUGAUUGAAUAUAUAAUACAUGUUUACUGCAUUGAGCACAAUAAGCUAGAAUCAGUGGUCAAUUAAGCUAUUAAAAUCUUAGCUCAUUUAAAAUGUAAUUAUCCAGGAAUAAAUCGAGGUUCAAUUGCUUGAAGAAAGAACAUAUUCCGAGAUAUUUUUUUUAAAAGAAAAGUCCAUGUAAACACUUCAAACUGGAAAUUUCAGAGUCUUAUGCUUUAUAAGUAUCAGAUUUCUUUUUUCACAAUAUGGCAAAUGGGUGAAAAUCUUGUGGGAAACUCAACCAGGAAUGGAAAUGAUCCAACUAAUUGCUCAAAAUUGUGUCCAGUGGUUAGAUCUGAGAGAAGGAAAUUGUUUAAACCAUAUAUUAUUUGUGUAACUCCCCUAAAUAAACUAAAAGACCGAAAACCAGUUGCAAUGGAAAGUGGUCUGUAGGUUGUGUGGACAAAUGUUGGCUAGAAUGUAUAUGGGGUCAUAUGAGUGGCCUUAGCAGCCUUCUUUUGAAUUAAAGUGAGAAUUCCGAUAAACAUGCGGUAUGCAUUCUAAAUACAUCAUUUGAUUUGAAUGCAAAAGUGUCAGCACAACUAUUUUUAUAUAUUUAUUAAUCACAUUUAGAAAGCUGUCCAGUCAAGAUGGGCAGACAUAUAAAUGUGAUCAAUAAAUAAAUAAAAAUGUUGAUAUUUUUGGUCAACUUAUUUUCCA